AUGCUUAGUGCCACUGCAACAUUUGUAAAAGCGGGAAUCAGUGAAAACCGUUCCGAUUUGUUGGCCGCCCCGGAAGACUGCGCUUACGUUGAAGCAGUGGCGACUCUAAAGGGAAAAGACUGGCGAAGAUGGGCGACAGAAAGCUGGCCUGGUGGAGAGCGCAGGAUCAGGGCACUAGUGAUCGAGGAAAAUGACGGACAAAAGCGUCACCAGCGCAUGCAGCUUGGUGUGGCUAGCAGUGGAGUUUAG